UUCAAAUUCAACAUCGCCAUCUGCCAGUGCACAAGACUGAGACAAAGCUUGAUGCUGGCGGAUACGCCCGCCUUUCGAUUUAUAAAGCCUUAUGGCAGAGACUCAAGCUCUCCCAGAGACCGACUCCAGCAAACACACACUAGUUUCUGAUACCGCUUCCGUCUUGCCAAAAGCCAUCGCCGGAAGCCUGCUUUCUUUUGAUUUCAGCACAGAUGUUGCAAGCUCCGGGGAUGUCGAAUGUCUCAGAGAGGAACAUCCUCAGGUUACAGUCAAGUACUUAGUCGCUGAGGACUGGGGAGAAUUUGUUGAACAGCGGGAUGCAAGGCUCUGCUCAAGGUGCCAUGCCUUCUUGGAGAGGUUGCCGCAAAUCGCUACCAAGCUAUUGUUAAAGAAGAGCGAAAAAUGCGAAGAACUUCGAGCCACGUUCGAAUGACUGGAAUGUUCAGCAAGUUCGGGCUGCCCCCUCUGCGCUAUGCUCGUAAUGGUAUUGGCACAUUAUCCACCUGAAGAACGAACCUCUGCAGGUGUAGCCUGUUUUCGCUGCCGGAAGCUUCGAGAGGACAUUUAUCUUGACUGCAAACUCAUUGCCUCUUCCCGAAGCCCUUUGAAGAUUCAGUUGUGUGAUACUCGAAGUCAACCCGUACCUAGACUCCUUGGGGCUUCCACGGGCGGCAAUUUUUCGAUAAAAAGAGCCAGGGAAUGGUAUGAUUAUUGCAGGAAUUUUUACUCCGAGUGUGUUGAGACCGCCGGACGAACCUUGCCUACCAGACUACGUUACUACAAGAAUGUCUCCCUUCGACUCUGUAACAGCGUUGAUCUGGAUAUCAGCACCAGAUAUGCGACUUUGAGUCAUUGUUGGGGGAAGUCGCCAAUGUUCAAACUAACGAUGGAACGAGUUCAAUCAUUUCAAACAAAUAUCGAGAUCAAAGAUCUAAGUCGAACUUUCCAAGACGCGCUUCAGGUUCUGGCUCAUCUUGAACUCGAGUUCUUAUGGAUUGACAGCCUUUGUAUCGUGCAAGAUGAUCCCGAUGAUUGGAACAGAGAGUGUUUAUUGAUGUCUUCCGUUUACGGUUAUUCAGACAUCACGAUCGCCGCGGCUAGUUCUACGGAUGGCAGCCAAGGAUGCUUCUACGAGAGAAAGAUGCCUGUCGAGCAACUUUUGCACGUUAGCAUUGUGGCUUCCUAUGGCUGCAAGAGGUACAUAAUUACGCACCCACCGAACCCGGAACUUGUUCAAAUUGACUGGCUACCUCCAUCCGCUCUGAACAAUCGAUCUCCUCUAUUUUCUCGAGGUUGGGUAUUUCAGGAGAGAAUCUUGACACCCCGCCUCCUUACUUUCACCUCGUCAUAUCUGUACUGGCAAUGCGCAUCAUGGAGCGGACCAGAGUGGAAAAGACCCGGGAUUGACGAGUCACAAGGUCGCCACGAACUCCGAAAUCUCACCAUGGGCAAGGACUACAACUGGCACGAAGUAGUCAGGGUGUAUUCGCGCACUCAGCUUACAUUUCCCAGCGACAGACUGGUGGCAAUAUCAGGAGUCGCGAAAAGGAUUCAGAAAGUGUUUCCCGAUCAAUAUCUUGCGGGAAUGUGGCGAAAGGAUCUGGAGCGCCUCUUGUGCUGGUCCGUUGUCACACCCCAACAAGGAACUCCUCUCGAAUAUCAAGCCCCAUCGUGGUCAUGGGUUUCUCUCCUUCCUGGCACAAGAGCUAAUCUACCACAAGAUUCCCGUGGAUUCGGGAGAUUACUUAUGCAAAUAGUGAAUAUCGACAUGACGCUUGCAGGCCCAGAUCCAAUGGGUGCAGUGACUAGAGGGGUAUUGAGGGUCCGUUGUGAGACGCUGCUUUGCGGAAUGGCUGUCAGCGGAAUGAUUCUAAGUGGAAACCGAGAUAAUUUUCUGGCAAAUUUUGGCUCUGUUUAAUCUCCGUCCGUCUCAGGUUGGAUAGCCAACCAAAUAUAGCCGAUCCUUUCCCCUUUUAUCUACUCCCUGUUUUGCAAGCCCCAGGAAACAAAGGAGGAAGAGUGUAUAUACGAGGACUCGUUCUAAAACCUACCAACAAGUGUAAGGGGGAAUAUGAGAGAAUCGGGCAAUUUCGAAAGGGCGAUAGCCCAGGAGAAAACCGGCCGAAGAUCUUCAAAAAGACUGGCAGCAUGGAUUUUGCAAAGUUGAGUUACACAAAAUUAGAUAGAGAGUUGUUGUUUGAGAGUAGUGAAGGCGAGAAGGGCCCACACUUCAUCACAAUCGUCUGAGCUAUCCUCAAGAGAAUCGUCAAAAAUUUAUAUUGGAGAUAUUUACAGUGGACCUAUAU